UUUUUUUUUAUUUAAUACAAUGAACAAAAUUAUUAUUUUUUUUUUGGUUCAUUUAUAUGUAAUAUAUGUUUUAUUUGGAGAGCAUGUGUCGCACGUUACACAAAUAAACAAUGACUCAUUGGAAAAUAAUAACGAAAAAUCUAAAGAACAACAAAAGGUGCACGCAUUAUAUAAAAAUAACGGUUUCUCGUUUAUUGAACAUAGUAAAAAAUAUAUAAAAGUGAAAAAUAAAAAAAUUAAAAAAAAUAAAAAAAAAAAAUAUUAUGAACGAUGUAAAUAAUUGGGAAGAUACUCAAAUAGAUUUAAAAGAAAAUGAAAAUAGUGCACAUUUAGAAAAUGUUGAAAGCAAUAAUAAAAAUGCAGACAGUAUAUUUUCGGAAAAUGUUGAAAACAAUGAAAAAAGUGAAGAUAUAAACAUGACUAAUAUAAUUAAUGAUGAUAAAUAUGAAAAACAUAUACUUGGUGAAAAAUUUUUUAAUCCUAAUGUGGGUGAUAAAAAUAGGUUUGUUAAAAAAAAAUUUAAUGCUUCAGCCGCAAAAACAAACGAAGUUGUUUCAAAUUCUGAACAAGUUUCUAAAAUGAUAAAACCAAAACGAACAAUGGAUAAACUAACAAUCAAUACAUCAAAAGUAGAAAGAGGUUUUAACAAAGAUUAUAUAGCUUCAACAAAUAAUAGAACACUGGAUACAUUUAUAGAAACAUCUAAAGCCACUAUUAAUUUUGAAGGUGCAACAAAUGAUGAAAUAAAUAAUACUGACUUUUAUGCAAAAAAGGCUAUUGAUAGUUUGGAAUAUAAAAAUAAAUUUGAUAAUAGUUUUAAACCAUCUGAUAAGACUGAAAAAGGAGCUUUAGAAAAAAAGGAAGAUGUACUUCGUAUAUAUAAUGAUUUAAAUGCAUAUAUAAACGAUAAUAUAAAAGAUUUAGGAGAAGAAAACGGAGAAUAUGAUGCAAACGAAUAUUCAAAAAAAAUUGAUACAGCAUUGGAAAAAGCCAAGAGUGCAAUUGAUGAAGUCAAAACGUUGUCAAAUAAAUUUAAAAAUUUUGGAAACAUGUCUGACAGCACACAUAAUUAUAAGAGUUUAUAUAAUAUCGAUUACGCAAAUAUUUCAGAUACUAAACUAAAUGAAGCAUUUUUAUCGGAUAAGAAAUUAUUUGAAAAAAUUACAUCGGAAAAACUUACUGAAAAGAUAAUCGAAAAAGUAAAUAAUAUUAUAACGUAUGCUAAAAAAGCAAAAGGCAAUGAAAAUGAAGCUAUAAAAAAAAAAGAAACUGCAAUUAACUACAUUAACAAGAGUGGGGUCGUAGAUUUACUUGAAGAUAUACAAGUUGUAAAAAAUGCAGAAUAUGAAAUUACUGAUUAUGCAAAUGAAGCCAAAGAUAUAUAUAAAAAAGCCAAUGAAGCAUAUCAAUCAGUUUUAGCUAUAGAUAAAAAUGUUGCUGAUAUAUCUAAAAAUUCUACAUUAGCAUCAAAAAUCGUAAAACAAUUUAUUGAUGCAACUGAAAAUGCAAGGAGAAUUUUUAAUUAUACGAUAAAAGCUGAAAAUAAUAUAAAGGAAGCUAUUAACGAAAUUAAAGAAGUAAUACAAAUUAUAAUAGCUGCAAAGGAAGCAGUAACUGAAGCAAAUAACGCCAAGAAUAUAUCUGAAACAGCAAAAAAAACUUCCAUUUUAAAAGAUGCGACCAACGCAGCAGCAAUAACUACAAUAAAGGUACAUAAAGCAAAUGUAGCAUUAGAAACAACAGAAAAACAUGUUAAACAAUUAGAUUUAUUGUUAGUAAAAAAAAAAGGAAACGGAGAAACACGUGAAAAAUAUACUAAAAAAUAUAUAUUAAUCGCUAAAGAUGCCGCUGAUAAUGCAAAAAAAGCAUCUGAAGAGGCUAAAAUAGCAGUUAAUAAAUUAAAAAUAGAAAUAAUUAAAACUGUUACUAACAAAAUAGUUAUAGUAGCACAAAAUGCUACAAAAUCAGCUAAUGCGGCAAAAAAAGCUGACACUAUAGAAGAGGCAGAAAAAGAAGCUACUAAAACUAAUCAACAUGAAAAUGAUGCUAUAAAAGCAUUAAAAGAAGUUAAAGAUGUAGGUAAAAAUUUUAAAGAUGCUGAAACAUAUAUUAAGAUAUCUGAAGACGCAGUUACUGAAGCAAAAUUAGCAAAUACUGAAGCAAAUGCUGCAGUUAACAAAAUUAAAAUUAUAAACAUAGCAAAGAAUUAUGUAAAAAAAAGCAGAUGA